CGGUAGGGGGAAAACAAAAGCCUAACGUGUUGUCAUCGGCCGAAAAAUGGCAACACGUUCUUUUGAUAACGCCGUCUCGACGCACCGACGGUCAGUCGAAGUGAAACCACCGCGACGCCGGAGCUGCCGCCUGAAAACAAAAGAGUAUCAAUUACGACGACGUGGCGGACCGCCUUCUUGACGAGUGGGAGCAGCCAAUCUGAAAGAGAAGUCCUUCACUGUAGAGCCUACAGGAUCCUGAAAUAUUCUUUCUGUCAAAACACUGGCUUCUGUUAAUAUCGCGGGACUUGGCGCGCGCGGAUUUACCUUCAACAAUGCCGGGCCGGACAAUAAAUUGUCCGUAACGUGAAUUCGACCUUCUUCAGCUGCGCUUCAGCCCAUUGUGAUCUGUGAUAAAAUGUGUCAUGAAUUGCGGUGAUAGCGGUGAUUAUGGAAGAGAAUUGUACUAUGCGACCUUGUGCGACGGACUUUAGCAUUGCGGCUAUCAUGUCCCGGCAUGGACGCAUUUCUGGCAGGUGUCGGGAUCGCGACCAUCCAGACAGUGCAUCUCCCAUAGAUAAAUUCAUAGAUGCUUCGUCUACAUCAGUACCUUCACCGCCUAACCCAGGAAGCUGUGCCUCAAUAGCAACAGACGUUGAAAGUGGAAGAGAUUCUCCAGUAGAUGUUUCUUCCACUUCUGAGUCGAGCACACCUACACAGUCUCAUGGAGACAGUAGGCUACCACCAAUAAAAAAUCCAUUGCUACAAGAAAAAUGGACUAGCGAAGACUUAAGGCAUGUUACCUGCCAUUUAGAAACUAAGGACCUUUGGGACAAAUUCAACGAUCUGGGCACUGAAAUGAUUAUAACCAAAACUGGAAGUAGGCGGAUGUUUCCAACUGUGAGGGUGUCCUUUACGGGAAUUCGCGCCGACCAAAGGUAUGCGGUCCUCCUCGACAUAGUUCCUGUUGAUAAUAAGCGAUAUCGAUAUGCAUACCAUAGAUCGUCCUGGUUGGUAGCAGGAAAAGCCGAUCCUCCUGCUCCAUGCAGAAUAUAUGCGCAUCCUGAUUCGCCCUAUACGGGCGAACAGCUUCGGAAACAAGUGGUUUCGUUUGAGAAAGUGAAACUUACCAACAAUGAAAUGGACAAACAUGGACAUCUAGUUCUUAAUUCGAUGCACAAGUACCAACCUCGAAUUCACCUGGUGAAGCGACCGGAAGGCAGUUCAGGGAAUGUUACGGAUUUGGAAAAUGAAGAGUACAAAACUUUCAUUUUUCCCGAAACCAUUUUCACGGCCGUUACAGCUUAUCAAAACCAACUGAUAACGAAACUGAAGAUUGACAGCAACCCAUUUGCCAAAGGAUUCAGAGAUUCAUCUAGACUGACAGAAUUCGAAAGUUUCUCCUACAGGGAAACGAUGGAAUCCAUGCUGGCGGAGCAGCACUACUUCCACUCACCCAUUCGACCGUUUGCCGAGCUGAACACUCACGACAGCAAUCUCUCUCUGGAAGAGAAAACGAUCCUGGCCGCAAGAUCGCAGCUUUUCCUUCGAGCAGCUGCAGCCGCAGCUGGGCCUUACGCGCCCCUAAUGGGCAGCUUAUACGGAGCCGGUGGUUCGCAAAGCCCAUCGAUCAGUCCGGUGGUGUUCUGGAACCAAUGGGCUGGAUUGGGACCAUCGCUGCUAGCUGCGCAGCAUCAGCAUCAGCUGGCGGCAGCUGCGGCUAGUACGUCUCAGCUGCAUCCUCAGUUAAGUGGUUCCCUGCCUGCCUUAGCUAGACCGAUGGCUCAGCAUCGGUUUAGUCCCUACGCAGCUUCAACUAGAACAAGUCCCGAUCGAGGACCGGAUACCAAUCUAAGAAAAGAUUCGGGCAGUCCUAGUAGUCCUUCUUAAAAGUUAGAAUUGGGUUAAUUUAACUCAACUGGGCCUUUUUAGUGGUUUUGUACAAUUUCCAGAGUGCUUGGAGUCGAUGGGGACAAGUUGCAAAUUUUUCACUAUGGACGGCUUAUUUUGUUUCUAAAUAUUAAUGGUGCUAGCUGAACUUGUGCUACCACAAACAUUGCGAUUGUGAUACAUCAUAGUUUUAGAAACUCGUUUUUCACAAGUAAAUAAUAAUAAUGAAAUUUUUCGAUAGCAAUUUCUGCAAAAGCAGUAAAAAUGGCUUGAAAAAGCAGAUAUUUAAGAGUUUGGGAUCGGUUUCCAAACGGUCUAAGCCUGUGAAGGAUACUUUUGUUGUCAUAUUGAUCUACUUAGGUAAAUCGAAUCAUUAUUAGCUUUUUUCAUGAAGUUCGCUUUUUAAGUACUAAUAAUAUCACAGAGGAUAUUUAAACAUUUUUGAACCAACAGAACAUUUUGAGCAUUGAAACUGGUGAGUUGUUUUUCAACUGCGAAAACUUAACUUUCCAAUUUAUUCAGUUACAGUUCAGUUAUUUGGUACAGAUUUUAUUGAAAAAGGUUUUUAUAUAAUUUCUGCUAUCACAGAAAAUUGAUUUGUUGGACUUCUUUGUUGGUUUAGACCGUUUAGAAUACAGUUUCGCUAAAUUGUGCCGAUUCUUUAAAAGUUUUUUCUUUUCAUUUGAUGAAUGCAAAACCGAUCGCUUUGAAAGCAAUUUGAACAUAUAAUCGUUUGAAAAUUUAUUUCAAUAUUUAUUGUCUUCAUUGUUUUGCAUUUUUAAGUUUAUCAUAUUUCAAUACAAAAUUUUGCCCUUAGGCCAAAUGUUUCCUAUUUUGCAAAUCUAAUUAUGAUUCACACAAUUUAUUUCAAAUAAUAAAUAAAGUUUGAACACAGAUUUUAACGGCUGAUACAUAUAGGUAUGUCAACAAACAAAAACGAAAAAUAAAUGGAUUCUUGCUAUUUGUUUAAGACAACAAACCAAUCAGAAUCGACAUUUUGAUUUGUAAGUAAAUGAGUUGAUAUAGAAAAAUGUUUGAAAACAUUUUUUUAAGCAACU